CUUGUAAUUAGUAAAAAAAAACAGCUGGGCAUGCAAUAACUUCUGAAUUACUACUAAAGACUCUUGGUGGGUGCUGACUAUAAAGAGGGGGAGGAAAGAGAGAAAAACAGGAAGAAGAAGAAGAAGUAGGUGCUGAAAAAAAAAAUACCCUGCCUUUCCUUGUUUCUGGUGUUUUGAAACUCUCUGAAGUCUGAAGCAGGAUAUAGGAGAGAGAAAAACAUGGGGAAUUGCCAAGCCAUAGAUGCAGCAACACUAGUAAUCCAACACCCAAGUGGUAAGGUUGAUAAACUGUAUUGGUCUGUUUCUGCAAGUGAGAUCAUGAAACUCAACCCUGGUCAUUAUGUUGCUCUUCUUAUCACCACCACUAUUUGUCACACCAAUAACACCAACACCAACAACCAGAAAACCAGCAACAACAGCCAGAAAAAUAACAGCAACAGCAACAACAGCCGCAGCAGCGGCGACAACAGCCAGAAAAACAACAUCAACAGCAAAGGCAGUAACAAUAAGAGUAGCAGCAAAAGCACAGAAACUGUAGAUGGGCGGAAUACUGUGCGGAUUACUCGAGUUAAGCUGCUUCGGCCAACGGAUACUUUGGCUUUGGGUCAUGUGUAUAGGCUCAUCAGUACUCAAGAAGUUAUGAAGGGUUUGGUGGCAAAGAAACAAGCAAAGUUGAAGAAAAAUGGUAUAGAAUUAGCAGACUCUGAAGGACUCAAAGAAGCUGAGAAAUUUGCUAAAAGAUCUCAACCAGAGAAAACCCAUCAGGUUAGUAGUAGACAUGUGAGCCGAUCCAGAACAACAUCAGCCUCAAAUGGAGGAACAGUAAGACCAAAAAACUGGCAACCCUCUCUGCACAGCAUAUCUGAAGCUACAAGCUGAUAAUGGUUAUCAAUAAAAUCACAUUUCAUCUAGGAGAGAAGCAGAGGAUAAGGAUUGAGCAUCCAUCAUCCCAUAAAAUCUUGAAAACUCGAAAAAUCGAAACAUUAGGAGGUUUGAGGAUUUGGGAGAUUAGUGAAGAACAAAUCCGGGUCUUGAAGAUGAUGAUCCGGGUCAUGCAGAAACUGUACAUAUUUAACAGAGGAAAAUGCAAAUGACAUUGUUGUAUCAAAGUGAUCCUUGUUUCUCAUAAUUAGGCUUUAUUUUUAUUCCCAUGACAAUUUUUCAACAAUUAUGGAGGAUAAUUACUUAAUUUAGUUGUUAUUA